CAAACUUUUGAUGAGACCUGAAAUCCUCUCUCUACCCAUUUGCUCCUUUCACCUAACACUGCUUUCGGAUUCAAAUCCUUAAAGCCAAAGCUGGUUUUUGGAUCUCUGUUCUUUUCUUCUCUCUUCUUAUGCAUUUCCAGGGAAGAGGGAAGGAGGAAUUAUGCCUUUCGGGUUGGUUUCUGCUUGGAACAAGAGAAGGAGAAGCAAGUCCCAGGAUCACAGUGACCCCUGGGUAUACAGGCCUGUAGAGUACUGGAAGCUAGAGGAUCAAACUGCCCAACCCACGAAGCGACGCCAUGGAUCAUCGAUCUUCACUCUUAGGGUUAAGGAAAUGGAGGAUGCUACUUGCUCGUUUAGUGAGGGGAACUUUCUUGGGAAAGGAGGGUUUGGCAGAGUGUACAGAGGAACUCUACGAUCUCGAGAGCAGGUAGUAGCAAUCAAGAAGAUGGAGUUACCUUCGUUUAAAGAAGCUGAAGGGGAAAGAGAGUUUCGUGUCGAAGUUGAUAUCUUGAGCAGACUAGACCAUCCGAAUCUGGUUUCCUUGAUAGGGUAUUGUGCUGAUAGGAAGCAGAGGUUUCUUGUGUACGAGUAUCUGUCAAAUGGCAAUCUGCAAGAUCACUUGAAUGUCAUUGCAGGAAUAGGGGAAGCAAAGAUGGACUGGACACAAAGACUAAAAGUGGCAAUUGGUGCUGCAAGAGGACUUGCUUAUCUCCAUUCACCGUCUGCCGUUGGUAUACCGAUUGUUCACAGAGACUUCAAAUCCACCAAUGUUCUUCUCGGUGACAACUUUGAAGCCAAGAUUUCUGAUUUCGGUUUGGCUAAGUUGAUGCCAGAGGGCCAGGAGAUAUACGCCACUGCUAUGGUUCUUGGCACAUUUGGCUAUUUUGAUCCAGAGUAUACGUCGACCGGAAAGCUCACUCUACAAAGUGAUGUCUAUGCAUUUGGAGUGGUUCUUCUUGAAUUAUUGACAGGACGUCGAGCUGUGGACCUAAACCAAGGACCAACUGACCAGAACCUUGUUCUGCAGGUUAGGCACAUACUGAACAAUCGGAAGAAGCUGAGAAGAGUGAUUGAUCCAGAUAUGCCAAGGAGUUCCUACUCGCUGGAAUCUGUAGCCAUGUUUGCUAACUUGGCAUCACGCUGCGUACGGACAGAAAGCAAUGAGAGACCUUCCAUGGCUGAAUGUGUAAAAGAACUCCAAGUGAUUAUAUAUACGAAUAACACAAAGAACUUAGGAAUAGGAGGGAGCUCCUUCAAAAUUCUCUCAUAAGAGUUGUGCCUAUUUAUUAAAGACAAGAGGGCAACUGUGCAUUAUCAACAAGGAAGAUGUUUUCUUCCUCUCCUCUUAUAAAUAGAAAAGGUAAUUGUGAAAUACAAGCAUUCAUUACAUACAACAGACUGAGAGCAAUGGAAGAAACGUGCAUCCUGAGUCAAUUAUUAGUCAGGCUUACAGCUAAGGAUAUCAACAAAAAGAAAUGGAAGCACUGUUAAGAAUGUUUUCUUCUGCAUAUUGCUUCCCUAGCAUCAACAUUUCCCCUGCCACAGU